AUGGCAAAAGAGUUCCGCGAGGUGAAGGUCGAUAUAGCUGCGUGCCCUUGUUUAACCAGACAACCAUACAAUCUUGCAGGAGUAGGAAUAAAUGGCAACUCAUCGUUGAUGGAAAUCGGUGGUCCCGAAAACGUUGUGUCGCACAAUGACUAUGGCAUUCUGACCUGGAAAGUUCAAGAAUUACUAUCAUCUGCCUACUUCGAUUCCUUCAUUUUCGGAAAUGGUUAUGCUGCAAAGCCAUACAUGCUUUAUAAUGGACAUCUCAUUGUGAACGCGAUGUACAGAGCACCAUCGAAUUUCACGAACGCGAGUCGCAUUGUUUUCGCAGAUGCAAGUAACAGACAGAGAAGAAUAGAAAUGUUAACAGAUCCAGAUCAAAUGCUAUGCUCCUACAUGGGCAGUUUUUUUAUUAGCGACGGUAGGCCAGGCCUAGUUCUCAGAGUGCGCGCCAAGGGUCAAACAUCGAUCGAUCGAUUCGAUAUCAUAACAAUAAUGCAAAACAGUCUCUAUGAACAUUUCGGUGCAAAUAAGAUGCGUCCUAUCGCAAGCGAGGAGUUUAUUGGCGACACUACUUCUGAGACGGAAUAUGAAGGUUAUUUUAACGUAGCGGAAAAAUAUAUCAUCUCAGAUUUGAAGCCUUGA